AGGUACUGGGAAGCAAUUUCAAGAUGGAAUGAAGCGAUAUCGUUAACACCAAAAAAUGAAAAGCUUUAUGAAAUGAAGUCACAGGUGAGAUUGAGGGUAGAAGAGGUUAGGAGAACUGGAGCCAAAGAUGGCUUACUUUCAACGUAAAUUUUAUUUCACGUUGAAUGUUUGUAGACAGAGGGAGUGGUUGAUUAAAGCAUUUUACCAUUUAUAGGAUCAUCUACCUCAACAUAAUUUUUUUGGUUCAAUUAGUAUCCUUGGUUUCAAUUAAGUCUUUUAUUGUUAGCAGUGUGAUUCACAUUUUAUUUGUUAGUAACCAUUCAACACGUCAGUGUUUGAAAAUUUAUUAAAUGGGCGUGUCAUUCCUAGCUAGUUCAUUUUGUUGAUAAUGCCUAUUAUGUGUCCAUAUCCCGGGUCCUUAUUCGCUAUGGAAUUUGAGAAAUAACUUGUUAAUGAAAAAAUCACAUUAUCGUGUCAAGCAAAUUAAUGUGUUGCCAAAGCAUUAUUUCAAAUGUUUCAAAAAACAAAAAAUUAACUUGAAAUUUAACUGUAAGGCUAACAAGUUUUCAAAAACCACAAAUACUAUCCAUUCCAAUCAUCUUCAACUUUGUCAAUCUAUACCUCCUUUCGUAUUUGCUGUGUUAUUUAAACCACCCAUUCAUGUUUUGAGUGGUUAUAUUUUUUGGAGGUCACUCAGUUUGGUGGCAGUACUGUACCCACAGUACCCACUGUUUGAAUUUUGAUAAAUUUCAUGACACAGCUCCUUUGAGUUCUGUUUUGAACCUUGUAGGAAUUAAUGUCUUGAAACUUUUCAGGUCUUAAUGACAAUUGGCAACAAAAUUGUUGAGACAUUGUCCUCAAAUGGGGUAACUUUGGAGAACAAAACAAUCCACACCCCUCCAUUUAGUUGGGUAGCUACUAAACAGGUAGCUUGAACAGUGGCACAACAUUUCGUGGAGUGGAUGGGGGAAGGAAGCUUUACUUUUCCCUUUUUGAGUUUGCAAAAAUUAAUGUCCAAGAGGCCCUUCAAGGCAAAGCGUCUCAACUAAUUAUGUUGCUUAUUUGGAGCUUCCGAUAGGCUUCCAGAUGUCUUGGACUCAAAUUUGCUCAUUUAAUGCAAAGCCUCAGUCUUGAAUUUGGUUAAAGAAGAAAAGUCUCUGUUUCAGAUUUUGUGAUCUCUCCACUUCAUGCUUCAUGAUAGCUUGCUUCACUUAACAUGACUACUUUUAGGUUUUUUUACACUGGGUGUAUUUUUAAAAUACAUGAUAUACAGUCAAACAGUACAGUCAGAUGGAAUAUAGUGAAAAUAUCAAUUGGGAUUAUAACUUUUUAGCAACAAAAUUUAAUUGCAGGUACUCUUGGAACUUCAUGAGUUAUUUCCUGCCAUACAAGCAGCAGAGAAAGCAGUCUCACUUAACCCUCAUUGGUUUGUGGCACAUCAAACUCUUGGCCGGGCACAGAUGGGAUUUGGUGAUACUGAAAUGGUAAGUACACUGUAUUUGCCUGCAGAGAUUUUUUUAGAUGUCUUUGUAAACCAAAAUUCUCCCCACAAUAAAAAUUUAUUAAGAGAAUGUUGUUUAAAUUAAAAAUUAACACCAGACAAAAUUACUGAAGUUUUGUUUGAAUUAAUCAUGGGCACCAGUGCUACUGUUUAUACAAAACCUUAGGGAGGAUAUGACCCCGGGGAUACUCUCGGAAUUUUUUGGCAAGGAUGUGUUGCUAGGACCCAGUGGAUUUAGCCUUAGCCUAUAUUAAUUUAUAUACCAGACUACAGUGUAGUUCAGCUGUUACUACCCUAGCUAUAUUAGACUGUAAGACUCUCCAAACCUGAACUCUUUCCUACUGAGUCACUAUUUCCCAGAAACUUGAAUUGAGGUCUACUCUUUUUUUGCUACGGAUCUAAGUUGUAGGUACCAUAUUUCCUCAAAUAAUUAAUAAGUGCCCCUCGAUUAAUCGCAACCUCCCUAGAAUAACUGCCCCCCUUUGAUGGAAAUAUUUAAAAUUAUUGCCUUCCUCAAAUAAUUGUCCCCCAACCCCUCUCGCCAUCUCUUUUUUUUUCAUCCACUCCCUGUAAAAAGUUAAAAAUUGACAACUUGGAUAACAGACAUAUCUGAAGUGGAGUCUGAUGCAGCAAAACUGAUCAGUGAUGGUUUAAACUCUGAUGUCAAGGAUAUUGACAUUUGAAAAUUUAAAUCAAGGAACCAAAUCUGGAACACUUAAUGGAAUAAUAAAACAAAAUAUAUAGAGGGUCGUGAAGGGGUAAAAUGGGAACUAAAAUGGGAUUAGCCUUAUUGUGGACUGGGAAAAUGGGAUUUACUCACUGGGACUGGGAUUUAGCCACUGGGAAUGGGAUGAACAAUUAUAAAAUGGGAAUGGGAUUUCUUUUCUUCAGCAGUCUUUGCUCCAAUAUUUUGAAGUAGAAAAAUAAAAUUUCGUAGCAAUGGACCUUGCACUCCUCAGUAGAGACCGUGAAAUCAGUAUUUUUCGCCUUCGCGCCCGCGGUCUAGCUACCAGCUAGCAGUGAAAGCGGAGACAGUGAGUCAGACGAGGAUUGUGCAGAUGAUAGAAUUGGUUUUCAUAUGGUUAUGUCAACAAGGGCUGGAAGAGAAAGAGUGUUCACCAGCAGAAUGAGAGAUUUUCUUCAGUCCAGGUGAAGAUACGUGUAUCCAAAUAGUGUCAAUCAGUGCUUUUAAUUUAUUAUGCGCAUGAUUUUGCAAAUAAUCAUUAGUAAUGGGAUUUUAGAUUUGGUAACUGGGAUUUUGGCAAAAAUUAGCCUGGGAACUGGGAUUUGGGCCAAAUUUAGGCUGGGAACUGGGAUUUGGUACCCCCCUUCACGACCCUCUAUAUAGGGCAUGACUUCCAGUAAGCAACAUUUGAAAGAAUCGCCUCCCUUGCACUAUCACCUUCCCUCGAAUAACCGCCCCCUUUUGGUGCGAAAAAAGAAUAAUCGCCCCUGGCUAUCAUAUGAGAAAAUACAGAAUGCCAAUUAAAGUCUUGGGUUUGAAAAGCUAUGUCAUUUUUUUUUGCAUAACUUUUUACUUCUCCCAAUCAUCAAUUACUCAUCAUUGUUUAUGUCAGUUGUUGAAAGACUGACUAUUGUUAACUUGGGGUUAAAUUUUUAUCCAAGUUUUCCAAAUGUUUUUCUGUUCAUAAUUAGAUUCGUCAUUUUAGAGUGUCUAAACAUCAACUUUUGAUAAAAAUAAUUUACCGGCUGGGGAAUUUUCUUUGUUAGCAUUCAGAUUUGAAGUCAAAUUUUAUGGUAAUCCAGGUUUAUCCUCAUCCUGCUUUGAACAAUGGGGCCAUGGCCUGGGGGCAGGGAAGGGGUACUUGACCACAUUUUUAUAAGGGGAGGCUCCACCCUGAAGUUUAACCCCUUACCCUUCUAUAUACACCAUUUUUGACGGAAAAGGUACCACUUUCAUAUACGUUACAUUGGCAAAUGGUACACCUAAAGUUCACAUACCUAGUGUAGAGCAGUUCAUCCCUUUUAACUGCCUUUAAUGCUUGGUCUUUUGAUGAAUAAAUAACUAAACCAAAAAGUUUUCUUGUCUCUUAUUUGUCUGUUAGCCCUUUUUGGUCCUUGUACAGAGUGAAAUGACAGAUUUCCCCAGCUUUCAUAUACUUCAACUUAUGAAAUCCCUGCUUUCCUUUUUAUAUACCUGAAGCCUGAAAAAGGUAGCCCUUUUGCAGGGUUGUCAUUAAGAUUUCAAGUUGCUGGGUAAAUACAACAAGUAGGCAGGGAAUCAAACAGCUAGGGGUGCAUUUCUUUUGGUUCUAUUUUUCUUCUAUUUUCCUUAAAAAUUAGCCGGGGGCCACGUUCAUCAUAGCCCGGGGAAAUCUCCAGCCCCUGCCUCUUAAUGACAGCCCUUCCUUUUGGUUGGAGCCUGCCCAUAAUUAUUUGCCAUUGUAGGGAGUUGCACCUGGGGCCAUGGAGUAUUAUAAAACUUUGUGGUUUAUUGGUGUUGAAGAAAACAUGAGACCUGCAGCUUUCUAAUACAAUGGGUAUUCUGCAAAAAACAAAACUUGAAAAAACAUGAGACGGGGUUGAAGAAUUUAUCUUUUAAAAUUACACCAUAAAAAUGGUUGACCCUUAGGGGUUCACCCCCUCCUAAGAAAAUUAAUAUCCUGGAUCCGUCCCUGCUUCUUUUGGGAGCAGGGGAUUACAGCGUGAGUGAAGAUUCACAGAAAGGUAGCCAAAAAAUUGUUUUAUUUUUCUUCUCUUCUGGGGGAUUUUUUUGUGUGAAAGUAAAGCUUGCAAUAGCUAGGCUUAAAUUGUUAUGGCCCAUGUUUGCCCAAGCAUGAAACAUCAAUAACAAUAAUUAUGUUUGCUGAUGGACUUGUCAUUAAUUUUUUUGAUUGCAUUAUUCUUUGUUUGGAUAUGUUAGGGUGUGAAGAGCUUCUCAAGAGCUGUUCAUCUGCAGCCUGAUGAUUUAGAGGUAAUGGGAAAUGCUACAUGCAGUGUAGAUGAUAAUUUAAUUUAGAAUAAAUUAGUUAACAGUCCAGCAAUUGUUCUGUUAAUGGCACCAUUUUGAUCAGCAAAGACAGCUCAUCAGAAUUUUACCUUAACUCAUGGGCCUUUUAAAUGAAAACAAAAAUGCAUCUACAUCUUUGCCAAACAGGGUUCUUACAGAUUCAAGACUUUUUCCAGUCUUUUUCCAAAACAAUAAUUUUUUUUCCAGACUCAAGGUUAUCAAAUAGGUGAUCAACAGACACCUUAAAAACAGAACAGCAAAACUUUUUUCAUGAUGUGCUGGAAACAUACGGGCAAGAUUGAAUAAGAUUUGACCAAAACAAAAAGAAUCAAGACUUUUUGCCAUUUUUUCCAGACCUAAUCUCCAAUGUCAAGCCUUUUUCGGGGUCUGGAAAAUUGCUGGGCAAAUUUUAAGAUUUUUUCGAGAAUUCAAGACUCUGUAUGAACCCUGGCCAAAACUAGUUGCAUGAAAAUGAGACUGGUGACUCCAGUGACUGGCGGUUUUUUCCCCUUUGUGCAUUGUGUCUCACCGUCACAUCAGAUUUUAUUUUAAUGGGAGUAAAUUUUAGGAAUGAAGGAAAAAGCUCUGGCACCCCAUACCCCCUCCAGGUAUAACCAUAAUUGUGAGACUACCCUGUGUUACUGAUAUAGCAACAUUAUUUUUCAUGUGCCAAUGGUAGUUCCUGGAGGUGAGGGGUGGGGGUACUUAACAAAGUUUUAUAUGCAGAGGCCCCACCCAGAGGUCCAACCCCUUACCCAUUUAUACCCCAUUUUUGACAGAGAAGAUUUACUUUUUGUGUACCUUCCAACCCCUUUCACAUACCUAGUUAAAAGAACACUGUAUGCCUUUUUACUGCUGUAGAUGCAAUGUCUUUAAAAUAAUUAUGAAAAGUCACAAAACCAGGAAAUUUUCUCAAUUUUUCUACGCCCUUAAAUUCUUUUAUUAGCCCUUAUGGAUCUUUUUACAGACUGAAUUGACAGAUCCCUACCCUUUUAUAUACCUGAGGCUUGGAACAGGUACCCCUAUUGGGCGGAGCCUUUCUGUAUAUACGCCAUAAUAAGGAUUACCCCUCCCCCCUCCCCUGAUAGCCUGUUCCAGGCUCUCAAAAAGUGGGGGAAGACGUGAAACUGAAAUGCAUGAAAAGGGGGCAGACGGGAAAAAGGUUACAGGAAUAGAGACCCUAACCCGCCGCCCUUUCUCUCCUCAAUCAGUUUCCUCCCAUUUUAUUUUCAUGUUUGUGCUUUCUCAAUUCUGCGGGCCUGACUAUCUCGGAGCCUGGAUCAGGCUACCCCUUCAUGUGAUAGUUUUAUGAACGCGAGACCAAUAUAGACUAUUCUUGCUGUAGAUGUGGACAGAGGACCUCCACUGGGCCUGGAAACUGAGAGAUCAAAAGAGACAACAAGACAAAGAAAAAUUGGACUCUAUAAGUACACAACAUAGCAAAGAACUUUCGGAAUUAUAUGCCGCAGAUCUUGAUACUGAAACAGAGAAAGAUGAAUUUGUAAAAAAACAAACAGCAUCAAGGAAGAAUCUCUAAAUAAUUUAAGACAUG